AUGCGGGCCUGUGGGGAAUUGAAGGUCAUAGGCCUGGAUGAGCUCAGCUGGGGAGUGGGUGAGGUGAGCUUGGCACACAAGACGAGGCCCCAGUGCAUCUGGGGACAUGUGAGUCCUGCGACCCGCUGGGAUGGGACCUUCGCCCCCACCCGGCAGGUGGGCACUGACAGUCGGCUCUUCUCUUUCAGGUGCACGUUCCGGUUCCCGAGCACAAACAUCAAGAUAACGUUCACCGCUCUGUCCAGCGAGAAGAGGGAGAAGCAGGAGGCGCCCGAGUCGCCGGUGAAGCCGGUGCAGGCUCACAUCUCGCCCCUGACCAUCAACAUUCCAGACACCAUGGCCCACCUCAUCAGCCCCCUCCCCUCCCCCACGGGAACCAUCAGUGCUGCAAACUCCUGCCCAUCCAGCCCCCGGGGAGCAGGGUCUUCGGGAUACAAAAUGGGCCGUGUGAUACCAUCUGACCUCAACUUAAUGGCCGACAGCUCACAGCCAGAAAACGAGAAGGAAGCUUCAGGUGGAGACAGCCCAAAGGAUGACUCAAAGCCACCUUACUCCUAUGCACAAUUAAUCGUACAAGCAAUCACGAUGGCGCCUGACAGACAGCUCACCCUGAAUGGGAUUUACACGCACAUCACUAAAAACUACCCCUACUACCGGACGGCGGACAAGGGCUGGCAGAAUUCAAUUCGCCACAAUCUCUCUCUGAAUCGUUAUUUCAUCAAAGUACCACGUUCCCAGGAAGAACCAGGCAAAGGCUCAUUCUGGAGGAUAGACCCCGCCUCUGAAAGCAAAUUAAUAGAGCAGGCUUUUAGGAAAAGACGGCCUAGGGGCGUGCCCUGCUUUAGAACCCCUCUGGGACCUCUCUCGUCUAGAAGUGCUCCAGCCUCUCCCAACCAUGCUGGAGUGCUGUCUGCUCACUCCAGUGGCGCCCAGACCCCCGAGAGCCUGUCGAGGGAGGGUUCGCCGGCCCCCCUGGAGCCCGAGCCAGGUGCCGCCCAGCCCAAACUCGCUGUCAUCCAGGAGGCACGGUUCGCCCAGAGCGCUCCAGGCUCGCCUCUGUCCGGUCAGCCUGUCCUAAUCGCCGUGCAGCGACCACUGCCGCCCACGGGACGCCAGUUGGUGUCAUUUCUUCUCUUUCCCUUUUGUUUUAAUUCAGUGAAAGUGGAACCUAUUCCUGCAGUUAGCCACGCCACCCUCGGUGCCGCCGGCCGGCUCAUCCAGACGUCCCCGGCCGCCCCUGUGCAGACGGUCACUAUAGUGCAGCAGGCACCUCUAGGUCAGCACCAGCUUCCAGUAAAAACUGUCACGCAGAAUGGGACUCAUGUGGUGCCAGUCCCCGCCGCCGUCCACGGGCAGGUGAACAGCGCGGCGGCGAGCCCCCUGCACAUGCUGGCGACCCACGCCUCAGCCUCGGCCUCCCUGCCCACCAAGCGCCAGAACGGCGACCCGGCGGAGCAGCCAGAGCUGAAGCGGGUCAAGACGGAGGACGGCGAAAGCAUCGUCAUCGCCCUGAGCGUGGACCCGCCGCCAGCAGCCGCACGCGAGAAGGGCGUCCAGAACUAGCGCCGGGCGCCCUCCUCCUCGUCAACUCUGGUGCCAAAAGGAGACACUGCCUCUCACCGACGCUCGGAGCGCCUUCUCUCGGUGGGCGGAGGGCCCUGCGGUUGGACUUCACCUCAGCACUGAAAACACAAAACCCAGGUGGCCUUAAAACUCCUUAAUUUAAAGACAAGUCACACCUGAACAAACCACAUCGAAGCCAGGCCCUGGCGGCGUCUCCCCGCCCCGCGCUUAGCUCUCAACUCUGAGACUCGUGGUCCUUCUCAUGAGGACGUGCCCGGUGCAAGCGGACCUGCUGGGCUGGGCCGGAGCCGCCCUGCCACCCGCAGACCAGACAGUAUUUUGUUGUCCACACGUGGAAUUCGAGUACUUUGAGGUGCACUUUCAUUCUUUACAAAAUAACGGGGUCUUUGACAUUUCAGAUCACUCCACUUCUACUCUGGAAAUUCGGAAUCACACGGGACCUUUUGUGUGGAUUUCACUUGGGGAAGAAACAACAGUUUCGUUUGUUUUUAUUUGUUUCCAGCCUAUGGAAUGACUGACUUUUGUCUGUCCCGUUAAAGUCAGAGGGAGCUACUUGAUGACGUCUGCAGAUCUUCCCGGUUAGAGCAGUUGCCUGAUGAAUUUAAUGCACCUCCAUUUCCGUGUGUGGGACGGACAGACGCAGACAGACGCCCGCUGGCCACGUGUGACCCAAUGGCUGCACUUACCCGUCUCUUUCUUGCUCCUUUUUGUUGUUUGUUUCUUUGUGUUGACGUGUCCCUGGCAUAAUUUUCCACUCUAAGUAAAACAAGUCUCCUGCG